AUUGUGUACAUAACAAUUGAUAUGCAAAUACAUCACACCUGUAUAAGAUAUAAUACUAAUGUUGUUCUACAAAAUAGAAUGUGUUCACAUAACAUUUAACCUUUGUUAUUGCAUUUGUGUUACAACAAUUCUCAUCGACUGAUUACGUUUUUGAAAAUCAGUUACAAUAUCAAUCAAUAAUAGUUCUGUAUUGUAGUAUACUUGUGACAUAGGCAAUACAAUAAAUAGUAAAUUUAAAUACACUAUGCAUAUAUCAUUGGGACUUCUGUGGCUUUGUUUCCAAAUAAUUCACGGAGAAAUAAUUCGAUGUCCAAUGGGUGGAUUAGAUCAAGAAGACCUACCCCAGACAUUAAUUGAUGGUGGAUUAGAUCAAAAAGACCUAUGCCAGACAUUGAUUGAUGAUAGUGUUUUCAAUAAGUUCUAUAAUCGUAGUUUUCAAAGAAAAAUGAAACCAAAUUCUAAAUAUAUGUAUGAUGUAUACGAUAACCCCUAUUAUAAUUUCGAAGAAAACACUAAGGAAAAAGCUAUCACCUGGACGCCUGCUGUUAAACAUUAUUUAAUGUUGGGUACAACCCUAAAUAGUUCAUAUAGAGAUACAUUAAAAAUGGAAUAUGAAUUAUCAAAUAAUUAUGUUAUAUUUAGACAAUCUAUAAUUGUGGAUGACGAUGAUCAGAUCGAUACACAAUGGAAUGAUGUUCUUUCAAUAGGAACUGACACAUACAGACUUAAAUAUCAUAACAUAUUAUCAAACAAAUAUUAUAAGAUUGAAACAAACAUAUCAAGUAAAGAGUUUAUGGUGGUUGUUCAAUCAUAUUAUAAUGCAGCAAGUACCCAUUAUUUUUCAAGGGACUACAAAACUGCACAGAUAUUGAUAGAAGAAGGUAAACAUUGUAAUAAAUAUAAUAUUUAUUGACAUUGCUGAUUGAAUAAUAAUAUAAAGUAGAAAAGAGGAAAUUAUUAUUUUUAUUU